AUGCAUGACGCUUACGAACCGGUGCCUAUCCUGGAGAAACUGCCUCUCCAGAUUGACUGUCUUGCGGCCUGGGGUAAAUUGAUAUUGUCAACUAACUAGCUAUCUAUCUAGCUAACCACACAUUCUUGUUGACAUGAACAAGCUAGCUGGCUGGUUUGUUUACCAGCUAGCCAGCUGAUAACUUGACAGCAAGCCAAUUUAUAGCUUGAUGAGUUUUGAGGUGACAGACAAUUGUAAACAAAGUCACCCUGUCGAUGACCGAGAGAUUUAUUGGAGACCACGUCAUAUUUAAUUAAUACCAUUGUAUUAUAAUGGCUCCCAGUGAUGUCCUCAUAUAACUUGUGUCCCAAAUGGCAUUUCCUAUGUAUUUAACCAGAGCCCUAUGGGUUCUUAUCAAAAGUAGUGCACUACAUAGGGCCAUUUGGGACGUAACCAUGCUGAGGUCCUUCUAUUUCCUAUCAUGUCACAGAGGACUGGCUUCUAGUGGGGACCAAACCAGGCCAUCUCCUGCUCUACAGAAUCAAAAAGGAUGCAGGUGAAUGAGAGAGAGACCUCUGCUUUCAGUCCCUGUCCUGUGUUUUUGUGUGUGUAUGGUUGGCUUCGGUGAGCAUAGUUUCCAGUGUCAUUGUGUUUAUUACCUCAUUCCGUAGCAGGUGCCUCAAACAAGGAAACAGAUCCACUCUCUCUUUCUUCUUCAUAGGUACCAACAGGUUUGAGGUGACUCUGGAGAAAUCCAACAAGAACUUCUCCAAGAAGAUCCAGCAGGUAGGCAGACGGAGUGAGGACGGAGGCAGCUGGGAGGUCUCUCUCUCUCUGUCCCCCCUCAGGACCCCUUUCAGUUACCGUCUCUCGUAAUGUACACACGCUUCACAUCCUGUUGAUGUGACAGGAAUUACAAAAAGUACCACAGAUUGAAACAAAUCUAGUAGAGACUGUUGUCCUAGCCUAGUUCCAGAUCUUUGAUGUGCUCUUGUCAACUCCGUUGCUGUCCUUGAGUGACAAGGAGUUGGUGACACUCCCUCAGGUUACCAUUGUCCCUCUCAGUUUCACUCUGGUCUCUUUCUCCCUCAGGUUACCAUUGUCCCUCUCAGUUUCACUCUGGUCUCUUUCUUCUCUUCCUUGCAGCUCUUCAUUGUCUCACAGUACAAGAUCCUCAUCAGUCUGCUAGGUACAGUAAAACAUUUCCCUCAGCAAACAAGAGGCCAUAUUGUUCACAUGAACAUGAGGAUGUUAAUCUCGGUAAUCCAUAGGUCAAAGCUUGUUUUAAUAUUGUCUGUUGUUGUUCUAUGUGUGUGUGUCUAUGUGUGUGUGUCUGUGUCUGCAUGUGUGUGUUCCUCUCUCCCCCUACAGAGAACAACAUCCAUGUGCAUGAUCUGUUGACCUUCCAGCAGAUUACUGUGGUCUCCAAGGCCAGAGGGGCAACGCUCUUCGCCUGUGACCUGCAGGUAAAAUGACGCUCUGGUGACGGCGACAUAGUCUGUAAAUGUCUUUUAUGUUAACCAGUUAAUUGUAUCUAUCUGUAGCUCCUGUAAAGAUAUUUCCUGUUUCCCUUUGACAAUGGGACAAAUAGUCUUCUUCUGCUUCUUCCUGCAGCAGUCCCCUUCAGGAGAGGCCCAGCUGAGGAUGUGUGUUGCUGUGAAGAAGAAGCUUCAGCUGUACUACUGGAAGGACAGGGAGUUCUAUGAGCUACAGGUAAGACAGGGAGUUCUAUGAGCUACAGGUAAGACAGGGAGUUCUAUGAGCUACAGGUAAGACAGGGAGUCCUAUGAGCUACAGGUAAGACAGGGAGUCCUAUGAGCUACAGGUAAGACAGGGAGUUCUAUGAGCUACAGGUAAGACAGGGAGUUCUAUGAGCUACAGGUAAGACAGGGAGUCCUAUGAGCUACAGGUAAGACAGGGAGUCCUAUGAGCUACAGGUAAGACAGGGAGUUCUAUGAGCUACAGGUAAGACAGGGAGUCCUAUGAGCUACAGGUAAGACAGGGAGUCCUAUGAGCUACAGGUAAGACAGGGAGUUCUAUGAGCUACAGGUAAGACAGGGAGUCCUAUGAGCUACAGGUAAGACAGGGAGUCAUAUGAGCUACAGGUAAGACAGGGAGUUAUAUGAGCUACAGGUAAGACAGGGAGUUCUAUGAGCUACAGGUAAGACAGGGAGUUCUAUGAGCUACAGGUAAGACAGGGAGUCCUAUGAGCUACAGGUAAGACAGGGAGUCAUAUGAGCUACAGGUAAGACAGGGAGUUCUAUGAGCUACAGGUAAGACAGGGAGUUAUAUGAGCUACAGGUAAGACAGGGAGUUCUAUGAGCUACAGGUAAGACAGGGAGUUCUAUGAGCUACAGGUAAGACAGGGAGUCCUAUGAGCUACAGGUAAGACAGGGAGUCCUAUGAGCUACAGGUAAGACAGGGAGUCCUAUGAGCUACAGGUGAGACAGGGAGUCCUAUGAGCUACAGGUAAGACAGGGAGUUCUAUGAGCUACAGGUAAGACGGGGAGUUCUAUGAGCUACAGGUAAGACGGGGAGUUCUAUGAGCUACAGGUAAGACAGGGAGUUAUAUGAGCUACAGGGAGUUCUAUGAGCUACAGGUAAGACAGGGAGUUCUAUGAGCUACAGGUAAGACAGGGAGUCCUAUGAGCUACAGGUAAGACAGGGAGUUCUAUGAGCUACAGGUAAGACAGGGAGUCCUAUGAGCUACAGGUAAGACUGUAAAACCCCCUUGUGUGGCUGUAAUGCCCCCUUGUGUGGCUGUAAAUCCCCCUUGUGUGGCUGUAAUGCCCCCUUGUGUGGCUGUAAUACCCCCUUGUGUGGCUGUAACACCCCCUUGUGUGGCUGUAAUACCCCCCUUGUGUGGCUGUAAAUCCCCCUUGUGUGGCUGUUAAUUUCCCCCUUGUGUGGCUGUAAUUCCCCCUUGUGUGGCUGUAAUACCCCCUUGUGUGGCUGUAAUGCCCCCUUGUGUGGCUGUAAUUCCCCCUUGUGUGGCUGUAAUUCCCCCUUGUAUGGCUGUAACACCCCCUUGUGUGGCUGUAACACCCCCUUGUGUGGCUGUAACACCCCCUUGUGUGGCUGUAAUAUCCCCCUUGUGUGGCUGUAAUGCCCCCUUGUGUGGCUGUAAUGUCCCCUUGUGUGGCUGUAAUGUCCCCUUGUGUGGCUGUAAUGUCCCCUUGUGUGGCUGUAAUUCCCCCUUGUGUGGCUGUAAUUCCCCCUUGUGUGGCUGUAAUGCCCCCUUGUGUGGCUGUAAUUCCCCCUUGUGUGGCUGUAAUGCCCCCUUGUGUGGCUGUAAUGCCCCCUUGUGUGGCUGUAAUUCCCCCUUGUGUGGCUGUAAUUCCCCCUUGUGUGGCUGUAAAUCCCCCUUGUGUGGCUGUAAAUCCCCCUUGUGUGGCUGUAAAUCCCCCUUGUGUGGCUGUAAUGCCCCCUUGUGUGGCUGUAAUUCCCCCUUGUGUGGCUGUAAUUCCCCCUUGUGUGGCUGUAAUGACCCCUUGUGUGGCUGUAAUGACCCCUUGUGUGGCUGUAAUUCCCCCCUUGUGUGGCUGUAAUUCCCCCCUUGUGUGGCUGUAAUACCCCUUGUGUGCUGUAAUACCCCCUUGUGUGGCUGUAAUACCCCCUUGUGUGGCUGUAAUACCCCUUGUGUGGCUGUAAUUCCCCCUUGUGUGGCUGUAAUUCCCCCUUGUGUGGCUGUAAUAACCCCUUGUGUGGCUGUAAUGACCCUUGUGUGGCUGUAAUUCCCCUUGUGUGGCUGUAAUUCCCCCUUGUGUGGCUGUAAUACCCCUUGUGUGGCUGUAAUUCCCCCUUGUGUGGCUGUAAUUCCCCCCUUUUGUGGCUGUAAUUCCCCCUUGUGUGGCUGUAAUGACCCUUGUGUGGCGCUGUAAUACCCCCUUGUGUGGCUGUAAUUCCCCUUGUGUGGCUGUAAUACCCCCUUGUGUGGCUGUAAUACCCCUGUUGUGUGGCUGUAAUCUACCUUGUGUGGCUGUAAUUCCCCUUGUGUGGCUGUAAUUCCCCCUUGUGUGGCUGUAAUUCCCCUUGUGUGGCUGUAAUGCCCCCUUGUGUGGCUGUAAUUCCCCCUUGGUGGCUGUAAAUACCCCUUGUGUGGCUGUACUACCCCCUUGUGUGGCUGUAAUGCCCCCUUGUGUGGCUGUAAUGCCCCCUUGUGUGGCUGUAAAUCCCCCUUGUGUGGCUGUAAUGCCCCCUUGUGUGGCUGUAAUGCCCCCUUGUGUGGCUGUAAUUCCCCUUGUGUGGCUGUAAUACCCCCUUGUGUGGCUGUAAUACCCCCUUGUGUGGCUGUAAUACCCCCUUGUGUGGCUGUAAUUCCCCCUUGUGUGGCUGUAAUUCCCCCUUGUGUGGCUGUAAUGCCCCCUUGUGUGGCUGUAAUGCCCCCUUGUGUGGCUGUAAUUCCCCCUUGUGUGGCUGUAAUUCCCCCUUGUGUGGCUGUAAUGCCCCCUUGUGUGGCUGUAACUCCCCUUGUGUGGCUGUAAUUUCCCCUUGUGUGGCUGUAAUGUCCCCUAAAAAUCCAUGUCUUGCGGCCAAAGUGUCCGUUGUGCCCUCAGGCUGAAUAUUAUAAUUCCCUUCUCCCGGCUGCCAAUCGCCCUGUUCCGAAGCCACAUGGCUGUCUCAGAUACAGUACCAGUCAGAAGUUUGGACACCUACUCAUUCCAGGGUUUUUCUUUAUUUUUUUUUAUUUUUUUCUAAAUUGUAGAAUAAUAGUGAAGACAUCAAAACUAUGAAAUAACACAUAUGGAAUCAUGUAGUGAUUCUUCAAAGUAGCCAUCCUUUGCCUUGAUGACAGCUUUGCACACUCUUGCCAUUCUCUCAACCAGAUUCAUGAUGUAGUCACCUGGAAUGCAUUUCAAUUAACAGGUGUGCCAUGUUGAAAGUUAAUUUGUGGAAUUUAUUUUCUUAAUGCGUUUGAUCCAAUCAGUUGUGUUUUGACAGGGUAGGGGGGUAUACAGAAGAUAGCCCUAUUUGGUAAAAGACCAAGUCCAUAUUAUGAACAUCUCAAAUAAGCAAAGAGAAACGACGGUCCAUCAUUACUUUAAGACAUGAAGGUCAGUCAAUCUGGAAAAUUUCAAGAACUUAGAAAGUUUCUGUAAGUGCAGUCGCAAAACCCAUCAAGCGCUAUGGUGAAACUGGCCCUCAUAAGGACAGCCACAGGAAAAAGACCCAGAGUUACCUCUGUUGUUAAGUUCGUUAGAGUUACCAGCCUCAGAAAUUGCAGCCCAAAUAAAUGCUUCACAGAGUUCAAGUAACAGACACAUCUCAACAUCAACUGUUCAGAGGAGACUGCAUGAAUCAGGCCUUCAUGGUCGAAUUGUUGCAAAUAAACUACAACUAAAGGACACCAAUAAGAAGAAGAGACUUGCUUGGGCCAAGAAACUCAAGCAAUGGACAUUAGACCGGUGGAAAUCUGUCCUUUGAUCUGAUGAGUCCAAAUGUGAGAUUUUGGGUUCCAAUCGCCGUGUCUUUGUGAGACAGAGUAGGUAAACGGAUGAUCUCAGCAUGUGUGGUUCCCACCGUGAAGCAUGGUGGAGGAGGUGUGAUGGUGUGGGGGUGCUUUGCUGGUGACACUGUCUGUGAUUUAUUUAGAAUUCAAGGCACACUUAACCAGCAUGGCUACCACAGCAUUCUGCAGUGAUACGCCAUCCCAUCUGGUUUGCGCUUAGUGGGACUAUCAUUUGUUUUUCAACAGGACAAUGACCCAACACACCUCCAGGCUGUGUAAGGGCUAUUUGACCAAGAAGGAGAGUGAUGGAGUGCUGCAUCAGAUGACCUGGCCUCCACAAUCACCCAAACUCAACCCAAUUGAGAUGGUUUGAGAUGAGUCGGAACGCAGAGUGAAGGAAAAGCAGCCAACAAACAUUCCAGGUGAAUCUGGUUGAGAGAAUGCCAAGAGUGUGUAAAGCUGUCAUCAAGGCAAAGGGUGGCUACUUUGAAGAAUCUAAAAUAUAAAAUAGAUUUUGAUUUAACACUUUUUUUUUUUGGUUACUACAUGAUUCCAUAUGAGUUAUUUCAUAGUUUUGAUGUCUUCACAAUUAUUCUACAAUGUAGAAAAUAGUAAAAAUAAAGAAUAACCCUUGAAUGAGUAGGUGUGUCCAAACUUUUUGACUGGUAGUGUAUAUCAAUGCUUAUUAGCCAAUGCCCGUCAUGUGAUCGGGUCGUUCUCCGGCAUCUGAGCUCCAAAGUAGGCUACUAGUGAAGACUGACACAUCUGGGAUGCAAUGGCGCGCGCCCUUCUUAUCGAAUUUCGACAGUAUAUACAGUGCAUUCGGAAAGUUUUCAGACCCCUUGACUUUUUCCACAUUUUGUUACGUUACAGCCUUAGUCUAAAAUUGAUUACAUUGGUUUUUUCCCUCAUCAAUCUACACACAAUACCCAUAUUUCUCUUUCCCAUAAUGACAAAGCAAAAAGAGGUUUUUAAAUAAAUGUUUGCACAACAUUUUUUGAAAUAUCACAUUUACAUAAGUUUUCAGACCCUUUACUCAGUACUUUGAAGCACCUUUGGCAGCGAUUACAGCCUUGAGUCUUCUUGGGUAUGACGCUUCAAGCUUGGCACACCUGUAUUUGGGGAGUUUCUCCCAUUCUUCUCUGCAGAUCUUCUCAAGCUCUGUCAGGUUGGAGGGGGAGUGUCGCUGCACAGCUAUUUUCAGGUCUCUCCAGAGAUGUUCGAUCUGGUUCAAGUCCGGGCUCUGGCUGAGCCACUCAAGGACAUUCAGAGACUUGUCCCAAAGCCACUCCUGCGUUGUCUUGGCUGUGUGCUUAGGGUCGUUGUCCUGUUGGAAGGUGAACCUUCGCCCCAGUCUGAGGUCCUGAGCGCUCUGGAGCAGGUUUUCAUCAAGGAUCUCUCUGUACUUUGCUUCGUUCAUCUUUGCCUCGAUCCUGACUAGUCUCCCAGUCCCUGCUGCUGAAAAACAUCCCCACAGCAUGAUGCUGCCGACACCAUGCUUCACCGUAGGGAUGGUGCCAGGUUUCCUCCAGACAUGACGCUUUGCAUUCAGGCCAAAGAGUUCAAUCUGGUUUCAUCAGACCAGAGAAUCGUGUUUCUCAUGGUCUGAGAGUCCUUUAGGUGCCUUUUGGCAAACUCCAAGCGGGCUGUCUUGUGCCUUUUACUGAGGAGUGGCUUCCGUCUGGCCACUCUACCAUAAAGGCCUGAUUGGUGGAGUGCUGCGGAGAUGGUUGUCCUUCUGGAAGGUUGUCCCAUCUCCACAGAGGAACUCUAGAGCUCUGUCAGAGUGACCAUCGGAUUCUUGGUCACCUCCGUGACCAAGGCCCUUCUCCCCCAAUUGCACAGUUUUUCCGGGCGGCCAGUCUUUGUGGUUCCAAACUUCUUCUAUUUAAGAAUGAUGGAGGCCACUGUGUUCUUGGGGAUCUUCAAUGCUGCAGACAUUUUUGGUACCCUUUCCCAAAUCUGUGCCUCGACACAAUCCUGUCUCGGAGCUCGACGGACAAUUCCUUCGAUCUCAUGGCUUGGUUUUUGCUCUGACAUGCACUGUUAACUGUGGGACCUUAUAUAGACAGGUGUGUGCCUUUCCAAAUCAUGUCCAAUCAAUUUAAUUUACCACAGGUGGACUCCAAUCAAGUUGUGGAAACAUCUCAAGGAUGAUCAAUGGAAACAGGAUGCACCUGAGCUCAAUUUCAAGUCCCAUAGCAUAGGGUCUGAAUACUUAUGUAAAUAAGGUAUUUAUGUUUUUAAUUUUCUAUACAUUUUCAAAAUAUUCAAAAAACCUGUUUUCGCUUUGUCAUUAUGGGGUAUUGUGUGUACAAUGAUGAGAUUUUUGUAUUUAUUUAAUCAAUUUUAGAAUAAGGCUGUAACGUAACAAAAUGUGGGAAAAGUCAAAGGGUCUGAAUACUUUCCGAAAGGCACUGUAUGUAUGGGGGUAAGGUGACUGUAUGUAUGGAAUUAAAAGUCUCAUUUAGAGUUUGGUUUUUUAUUUUGCGGCGCCUUCUGUCAGCAUCGUUCUUGACAUGACGGAUUGGGCUCCGCUCCUCUCUAAGGCCAAAUGGCCUUGCCCAUUAAAUCAUGAAAUUCCAGGCCUGCAAGAUGUGCGAGUGAGUGGAUAGAAGAGAACAUGGGAAUGGUGGAGGAAAAUGCAGUCCUCACAUUUUAGAGGGAUAUUGUUAACCAAUAAGUAUUAACCUGAUGUUGUUUUUGUUUUUGUUUGUGUGUGUCAGGGUGACUUUGCUGCACCAGACAUCCCUAAGUCCAUGGCCUGGUGUCAGAACUCCAUCUGUGUGGGCUUCAAGAGGGACUACUACCUCAUCCGGGUCAGUGGGUCAGAACAAAGGAAACGCUGUGUGUUGAUUUCAUGUGAACCUUCGGGAAGACAUCUAUAAUAUGAUCUAUUAUGUAUAUGAGCUGUCAUUAUGAAGUAUUUACGAAGAGGGGCUUUGACUCGAUCUCAAUUACCCUCUUCAUCUGCACUGAUCGGAGAUGACUUGACAAGUUAACAAAAAUAUGGCGGAAGCUUAUAAUUAGGCUGUUUUAGUUCAAGCUUAUAAUUAGGCUGUUUUAGUUCAAGCUUAUAAUUAGGCUGUUUUAGUUCAAGCUUAUAAUUAGGCUGGUUUAGUUCAAGCUUAUAAUUAGGCUGGUUUAGUUCAAGCUUAUAAUUAGGCUGGUUUAGUUCAAGCUUAUAAUUAGGCUGUUUUAGUUCAAGCUUAUAAUUAGGCUGUUUUAGUUCAAGCUUAUAAUUAGGCUGUUUUAGUUCAAGCUUAUAAUUAGCCUGUUUUAGUUCAAGCUUAUAAUUAGGCUGUUUUAGUUCAAGCUUAUAAUUAGGCUGUUUUAGUUCAAGCUUAUAAUUAGGCUGUUUUAGUUCAAGCUUAUAAUUAGGCUGUUUUAGUUCAAGCUUAUAAUUAGGCUGUUUUAGUUCAAGCUUAUAAUUAGGCUGUUUUAGUUCAAGCUUAUAAUUAGCCUGUUUUAGUUCAAGCUUAUAAUUAGGCUGUUUUAGUUCAGCUUUCAGUAGCUUAAGGACAGGACAGAAAGAGGAAAUAGAUUAGUUGUGUUAUUUCCCUAUGUAUCCUCAGACCUCUCCCCUGACAUCUAUCUCUUUGUCUGUCUCUCUCUCUUUCUCUUUGUCCUCCAGAUGGAUGGUCGUGGUUCCAUCAAGGAGCUCUUCCCCACGGGGAAGCAGCUGGAGCCGCUGGUGGUUCCCCUGGCUGAUGGGAAGGUGGCGUUGGGUCAGGAUGACCUCACAGUGGUCCUCAACGAGGAGGGGGUCUGCACUCAGAAGUGUGCCCUCAACUGGACCGACAUCCCCAUCGCUAUG